CAUUCUUAUCUGUAAGGGUAAUUUCGUUUUUUCAUAGCUUAAUACCUACUCAAUUUUCCUCCCACCACCCAAACUCCCUCUUACAUUCCUACGAAUCCUAACCCUUAUAAUUGUUAUAAAUAAUUUCCCAAUUGAAUUAGACUUCAAUAACAUUGCGCAAAGUUGAAGAGAGAGAAAGAUGAUCGAGGUGGUGUUGAACGACAGAUUAGGGAAGAAAGUGCGAGUGAAAUGCAACAAAGAUGACACCAUUGGAGACUUGAAGAAGCUUGUUGCUGCUCAAACUGGUACUCGCUCUGAAAAGAUCCGAAUUCAGAAAUGGUACACUAUUUACAAGGAUCAUAUUACUCUUGAAGAUUAUGAGAUUCAUGAUGGCAUGGGUCUCGAGCUCUAUUACAAUUGAUCAUUCAUGGCUGAUGGUCUGAUGGAGCUGCCAAGCGUGAAUGCCUUGCUUUAUACUAAUUGUAUGUAUGAGGUUUGAAGAACAAAUAAUUAGACAUGUAAUACAUACUCCAGUGAUAGACAAAUGGAUUCUAUGAUAUAGAUAUGUAAUUGUCUAAAACAUGUAAUCAAUUUAAGAUAUGUAAUAUGUUAUGCUGUGAACUCUUCUUAAUCUGAUCGUUGUUAAUUCAGUUA